AUGUCGGGUAUGGGAGACGGCUACGUUGGUACGGCUCAAGAUGCGGUGAGGAUACGGCGGCUGCAGAAGCAAAGAGAGGCUGAGCGCCGGAAAAUCCAGGAGCUGAAGAGCAAGACUGCCUCCGGCCAGGAGCAAUCCGGUCUUCUCCAAUUCGGCAGCAGCUCUUGUGAGAUUCUUGACACUGCUUUCAAGAAGGAAACAGUCGGAUUAGUUACAAGAGAGGAAUAUGUGGAGAAGAGGGUUAAUAUUCGUAAUAAGUUCGAGGAAGAAGAGAAGGAAAAACUACAGAAGCUACAGCAAGAGGAAGAGGAGCUUCAACAACAAAAGCGUAGCAAGAAGAGAAAGAUUAAGGGAUCCUCCCGCUUAUCUUUUGCUGAAGAUAUUGAGAAUGGCAGUGAUGAAGAGGAUGAAGACAACAAGACUUGUGAGACAAUGAACGUACGGUGCAGUAAACUUGGCAAGGACCCCUCAGUGGAAACUAAUUUCCUGCCUGACAGUGAGCGGGAGGCGGAGGAACAAGCUGAACGUGAAAGGCUGAAGAAGCAGUGGCUUCGUGACCAAGAGCAGAUUAAAAACGAGCCUCUUCAGAUUACUUACAGUUACUGGGAUGGGACCGGACACAGGCGAGUUAUCCAGGUGCGGAAGGGUGAUCCAAUUGGGAAUUUUCUAAGGGCAGUUCAGCAGCAGCUUGCACCUGACUUCAGGGAGAUACGGACGGCCUCCGUUGAGAAUUUGCUUUAUGUAAAGGAAGAUCUUAUUAUCCCACACCAACACAGUUUCUACGAGCUCAUCAUUAACAAAGCUAGGGGGAAGAGUGGCCCGCUGUUUCACUUUGAUGUGCACGAAGACGUGAGAACAAUCGCAGAUGCUACGAUAGAGAAAGACGAGUCGCACGCGGGUAAAGUUGUGGAGAGGCAUUGGUACGAGAAGAACAAGCAUAUCUUCCCUGCCUCCAGAUGGGAGAUUUACGACCCGACAAAGAAGUGGGAACGGUACACAGUCCAUGGGGAUUGA